CUUCAAUUGAAUAGUUUGUAUGAAAUAUACUCUAAUUAUAACUCAAUAAAACUUUUCAAUACAAUUGUCAAUCAAGCGAACAAAACCAAUCGGGUAAUUAUCAAAUCAUAGACCAAUGGCUGAUAUCAAGGCAAUUCUCACCGCUAUUGUCGGUCCACUACUUAUUAUCUUUUUGGCUGUACUUAUGUGUAUUGAGUGGAUUAAUCCUAAUCUAAUUGAGUCAACAAAAGUGGAGUACCGUUUGCUGAUUGCUUUGGGCACCGGUAUUGUGUAUGCAGUGGUGGGUCUGUUAUCCAUGACAGACUUUGACAACAAACGGAUCCGACUUUUAUAUCACAUCAAUUGGAUUAUUGCUGUCAUCAAUGCCUCCAUCGGUUUGAGUGCCAUUGUCUUCACUGUCCAACAUAUGGUCAUGAAAUCGUUCAUAAGGUCUUUGGCUAAAGAUGUGAACAAUUACUGCAAAACUACAGAUCGUUCGGGACAACUGUACCAACGCUUAGAGUCAUUGAAUUAUGCCAUAGGAAGGGCCUGUCAUAAAACCCUCGAUCAAUGUGUGGACACAAUCGAUGAAUCGAUGUGUGGAUCGAAACGAUUAUCGAUUGUAGGCUUCGUAUCGACUGUCGAGAAGGCGUUGAGAGAAAAGUUGAGACAAUUAUUAGGAUUUUGUGGUCAAUUUGCUCCGGAGGAAGCGAUGCAAUCGGCGAAAGACAAGGCGAAGGACGAGAAGACCAAAGACAAGGGGAAAGACAAACCAAAGGACGCGAAGAAGGACUCGAAGGGCGGCAAAGAGGCGCCGAAGACGUCUGCGGCCAGCGGUGGUGCCGAUGGCGGCGAUGUCUGGCCAAUAAAGACCACGCCUUACGACCCGAGGUUUCCCAACCAAAACCAGUCCCGCAAUUGCUAUCAAAACUAUUUGGAUUAUCACAGAUGUCUGAAAGUGAAGAAUGACGACAAAGAGUACUGCCAUUGGUAUCAGUGGGCGUACACUGAGCUCUGCCCCAAGUCUUGG